AUGUCAAAUGAGAAAAUCUCAUUAUGGAUCAUUUUCCUGUCUUAUGUUUAUUGUCAAAACGCUAGUAUUGAUGAGUAUUAUGAUGAUAUCAUUGAAGAAACUCGGUUAAAAGUUGCCGUGGUAACAAAAGGGAAAAAUCAUAGUCCUGUUUCAUUAAUUAGAAAAAUGUUUAAACGUUAUUACAAAGAGAAAGCCGCUGACGAAGGUGACUAUAUUGAAGAGGUUGAAGAGACAACAAAAAUUAUUUUUGGUAAAGUAGACAAAAGGAAUAUAUCAAUUCUAAAAGAUUUCUGA